GAGUACAUCACCGGCACCACAAGUAUAAAACAUUUCAUUUAAGAAGCAUGUUCAGCAAAUAAAAAGAAGAAAACAAUGUCAGAUUGAGGUUCUGCGGCGGUUCAGAAGUUUCGAAAGUUUGAGCCACCCUAAUGCAAUACCGAUACGAUAUCAAUGUCAAAUAAAAAUUUUUUUGAAUCGUUUAUGUCAAAUCAGUGAAAUUUUUGUUUAUAGAAAGCCAAGCGAAAUGGCAGGCAAUUUUUGGCAAAGUUCUCACCAUCAACAAUGGAUAUUGGACAAACCAGAUUUGGUACGAGUUAGACAAUACGACCUGCAAUUUCUCACGGAAGAUGAAUACCAAAAAUUGUUCAUUUUUUUCGCUAAUUUAACACAAGUGCUCGGCGAACAAUUGAAAUUACGCCAGCAAGUCAUAGCCACAUCGAUUGUUUAUUUCAAGCGAUUCUAUGCGAGAAAUUCAUUGAAAAAUAUCGAUCCGUUGCUUCUGGUGCCUACUUGCAUUUUCCUCUCAUCCAAAGUGGAAGAAUUUGGUGUUAUUUCCAAUAAUCGACUGAUAACAACGUGUCAGACUGUGAUAAAAACGAAAUUCGGCUACGCGUACUCACAGGAAUUUCCAUACCGAAUCAAUCACAUUUUGGAAUGCGAAUUUUACUUACUCGAAAAUCUGGACUGCUGUUUGAUCGUCUAUCAACCGUAUCGGCCGUUGUUGCAGUUAAUUGCCGAUAUUGGACAGGAAGAUCAAUUGCUCACGUUAACAUGGAGAAUCAUCAAUGACUCAUUGCGCACGGACGUUGGAUUAUUGUAUCCACCAUAUCAGAUUGCAAUCGGAUGCCUUCAAAUAGCCUGCGUGAUCCUGCAGAAGGAGUUGAAGGCCUGGUUCGCCGAACUCAACGUAGAUAUGGACAAAAUCCAAGAGAUUGCUCGCGCUAUCAUGAAUUUGUACGAAUUGUGGAAGGGCUACGACGAGAAAAAGGAUAUCCUGGAGCUGCUAGCUAAAAUGCCAAAACCGAAACCGGCUCCACAACGAUGAUGUCAAUCGAUACAUUGAAAGUUAGCUUAUAAGGACGUCGUAAUAUUGAUAAAAUACAAAUGUUUACACGAA